UCUGUCCAUCAAGGCUGCCGCAUCGAUUGAUUGACAUGACACGCAGAAAAUUAUUUUGCGACAAUUGGCUAUGUAGUUUUCCCCAAUGGGGUAGCAUCUUAAAUAAUGUGCCACAUCAGGGGGGAUGAGCGAACGGCCAUACGAAAAUUCGAGAUUAGUUUUUUUCGCGGCGUCGAAGACGCGGCACCGUAUAUUUAAGAAUUAUGAAGAUCUGGAAUCGUUAUUACAAUAUCGUCUAUAAAAUAUCAUCGCUCACCGGCACGUGGCCUUACUUGAAACCGAGAACGAGGAUAUUUCGCGUUUUUCUGCUGACUCUAACCAUGCUGACUAUAGUUAUACCGCAGAUAGCGUAUCAAUAUAUGUGUAAACGUAAUGACGUGCAAUGUAUAUUUGAAUCGAUGACGUCAUAUCUACUGACAGCCGUAGCGGCACUGAAGGUGUACACGUUUCAAUUAAAUACACGCACGAUCAAAAGCUUUACUCAACAUUUAUAUGUCGACUGGGAGGGAUUAAAAACUCCCGAAGAAUAUGAGAUUAUGAAGACAUAUGCGGAGAACAGUAGACGAUUCUGCUUGAUAUAUCUGGUAUAUUGCUUGGUAGCUGUAUUUACUUUUAUGUCAAUGUCCUUCAUACCAUUCAUACUCGACGUCAUAUGGCCCCUUAAUGAAUCCCGUCCUAUAUUGCCGCCAUAUCCGGGAUACUAUUUUGUGGAUACUCGGGAAUAUUUCUUUAAAAUCUUCUGCCACUCCGUCAUCGGCUGGGAAAUUAUAAUGGCGGGAAUAGUCGCUCACGAUUGCAUGUUCGUGACUUACGUCGAGCAUGUCUGCAGCAUGUUCGCCAUGGCCGGAUUUCAUUUCGAAAAUCUAUUUUGCUAUCACGACGAAGAAAUGGAGAUCACAGAGAAGUCUAACAACACAUUCUUCCGCAAGAAAAUUUCGUUUUUCGUGCGUGCACAUCGAGAAGCUUUAAAAUUUGCGGAACUUCUCGAGGAUACCUUCACCAUGCCUUUUGCUGUAGAAAUGUUGAUAGCAACUAUAGGGAUGAGCAUUACCUUGCUGCAGAUCACGCAGCAGAACGGCGAUAUUUUAGAAUCCGUAAGAUACGUGUUAUAUAUCAUUGGUCAACUGAUCCAUUUAUUCUUCCUCAGUUUCGAAGGGCAGAAGCUGAUAGAUCAUAGCGUUCAAACCUGCGACAAGAUAUACAAUAGCACUUGGUACGAGGUGUCCAUGACUUCGCAGAAACUAAUCGUGCUGGUGAUGAUGAAGAGCGUACGACCGAGCUUCUUGAGCGCCGGCAAGAUCUACAUUUUCUCUCUCGAGAGCUUCACCACGGUAACGCGCGCAGAAUUAUCUCGUAUGCUGUUAUGGAGUUUCCUUAACGAGACACGGCGCUCUUGUUUUGAAGGUUCUGCAAACUUCGAUGUCGUACUUUACCGUGCUCGCGUCCUUUCGGUAGACCGCGUUGUUUCUGCAUCCGACGAUAUUACGCGGGCCCACCCCUCGAGAGAGCAAUACACUUGUCUCAUCUCACCUUUAAUUCCGCUAGUCAUUACGUCGUUUCUAAUUUUCCUACAAUUGUACACUCGUACACUUGUACAAUUACCACUACAAUUGUACACUUCUGUCAAUCAUUCUGUACAUGUACCACAAAUUUGUAUGAACAAUAUGCAUAAAAAGAGGAUUAAUUAUAUGGAACUAUGCGUUCAUUUUUUCGGUAACUAAAUCCAUUCGUUUUCGAAAUUAAGUAUUGUAAUCUGUAUAUCACCUGAAAUAAUAUCACAUCUCGGAAUACAAUUUCGCACGGUCUUAAUUUCUAUAAAA